CUCGCGAGAUCCGUCAGUGUUGCGAACGAAUUAGCUCAGUGAAGAGAUCUUUGUGGUGACAGAGUUUUGUGGUAGAGUUUAAAGUGCUCAAGAAUGUCUCGAUUCUCGCCGUGGUUCUACGACUUCGAUGAUUUCUACGACAACUGGUCCUCCAGGUGGUCCGAUCCCAACUUCGGCAUCAGCUUCCAUCCCAGGGAGUUGCGAAGCGCCAGGACUCUUCCACGUCUCCUGAGGACUCCGUCUGGAUACACACGGAACUGGUCGCUGUCCAAGACCAGCGACAGCAAGGACGAGCCCAAGACGCCGGUGCUGAACGAGAAGGACGGCUUCCAAGUGUGCCUGGACGUGCAGCACUUCAGUCCCAAUGAGAUCACCGUGAAGACCGUGGACAACUACAUUGUGGUGGAGGGAAAGCACGAGGAGCGCGAGGACGAUCAUGGACUCGUGUCCAGGCAGUUUGUCCGUCGCUAUGCUCUGCCCAAGGGCUUCAACAUGAGCGAUGUGGUCUCGACGCUCUCCUCGGAUGGCGUGCUGACCAUCAAGGCGCCGCCAGUGAACAAAUCCGUGGAGAACAAGGAGAAAGUCAUCCAGAUCCAGAUCACCGGUCCGGCUCAUCUCACAGUGAAGGACGACUCCAAGGCUGAGGAGACGCCAAAGGCCGAAUGCUAAACUUCAACACUCACCUUUUUGCCCUUUUUUGUACAACAUCAACUAUUUUUUUCAUAAUUUCAUAUGCUAAAAAGCAAGAAAUAUUCACACCUUUUUGUACUGAUGGAAAAGAAUAUAUAGAUAAAUUUUCCACUUUUCACAUUUCGACUUUCAGUCUCUCUCACGAUGCUCUCACCAUCAAAAUUGCGGUGUGUUUAUUCUUGAGGAAUUCAAAAAUAGACACUUUCACAGACAUUUCACGCCGUUGACGCUGAAGAGACACGCGAUGGGAAAUUCUGCGUGGGCGAAGGUGAAAAGUCUUCCAGAACCAUUUCAUUCAUUUAUCAGCGAGGCUAUAAAGCAAAACUGGGAGAGUGAUUAUAUAACAUCAGCUCAAAUAUACAUUUUAAACAUUUCAUGCAUGAAUCAUAAGAAAAUUCCUAGUCAACCAAGUUUUUGCACAACAAAAUUGUAAAUCGGUGUCUUGAAAAUUUAUUGAAAGAUCACGAAAGGAAGUAUCUAUUAAUUAUAAGAAUUAAUCACGUGAAUAUUUAAAAUAUUUGUAUUCUUAAGAAAAAUUUUGCAUAUUGAGCAUAUGCUCUAUGGGGACGUUGAAAUCAAAUUCACAAUGUUUCAUGUAAGCUUUCGUGCUGCAGCGUUGAAACAUUAUGUGAAAAUUGUCGCAAGAAAUUCAGGAUUAUGCGCCAAAGGGAAUAAAAACACAGCUUUUUGUUUUGUUUACACAUUUUCUCUCAAUUAUUCAAUUAUUUUAUACACUUGUUUUGUUGCAUCUGCAAUGUAUAUUUGAUGAUAUUUACACAUUUCUCUCACCUAAAACAUGAAAAUAGUCAAAAAUUUGCUAAAAGAAAAUUUGUGUGUAAAAUUACAGAGGAAUAAAUAAGAGUGAUUCUCCUUUCUAUUCUGUAAUUCAUAUUUACAAAUUCUUCCUUUACAAUGAUCCAUCUUUUUUUUUAUAUCGAGGUCUAUUUAGUGAUUCUUUUCCUCUACCUAUUUUCUCUCAGUAGGAUAAAUUUGUGUUGUGUGGUUUUCUGUCUUUGUGUCCUUUUCUUUCUCUAUGAAAAGUUGCUUUCAAAAAAAAAAACAUUAAAUGCUCUGGUAGAUUUUAUUUUACAUAUUUCCCAUCUCCUUCCCAUUAUUAUAUCUUUUUUUAUUCUUUUAUUAUGCAAUAUAAGGUAAUUUAAUAUUUCUCUCUCCGCUCUUCACACACUAUAUUCGUUUCUGUUUCGAAGGCAAGACAAAAAUUGAAUACACUGCAUUUGAUAACAUGUAAUACAAAAAUUCUCGGUGAAUUUCCUUCAUGUCUUUUCAAACGUGAACUCUCGAGUAAUGGCUAUUAUACUCUCCAUUUUCCACUGGGUUUUGCUUGGGAUCUUGCAAAAAAUGUGAAAAGUUACAUAGUUUUCACUUGUAAAAGCACACAAUUCUGCUUUUGAAUUAAAAGUGUUCAUUUUUUAAGUCUGCAAAAUGAAGAUUAUUUUAUUUUUUGAGUCA